CACAGGAAGACAAAGUUGCAAAAUGGUCGCAUACGGAACAGCAGCUCUUUGCUACACCCUGAUCUGCUUUUGCCUCAUUUCAGGUACUGAAUGCUAUGGUAGUGGAGCAGACAAUACACUUUCUGUCCAGCCUGGAGGAUCAGUCACUAUCCCGUGUUAUUAUGACAGUAAAUACACACAGCAGAGAAAGUACUGGUUCUCAGACGCUGAUAAAAUUAAAAUAUUCACAAACUUUACGAAUGAAACUGUGUCAGUAAUUGAUCAUCCUGCUCAGAGUCUUUUUACUGUGACUAUGAGAAACCUGACACACGGUGGAAGCUACUUUUGUGUUGUGGAGAAUGAAUCCUUAUUUGAAACCUAUAUCAAUGUUCAACCUGCUCCUCCUGAUGUGUCUGUGGUGUCCAGCAAUGUAUCUGGAGAUGAAGGUGGUAAUAUCAGUGUAAAGUGUCUCUACAGUUCUGCAUAUAAGAACAAACACAAACAGUGGUGCAGAUAUAAAGACAAGAGGUGUUACACAUCCCAGAAUUCAUCAGUUGAGAUCAGUGAUGAUGAGAGAGCAUCCUUCACUGUGCUGAUGUCUGGACUGAUGCUGGAGGAUUCUGGCUGGUACUUCUGCUCUGUCGAUCACCUACAAGCUCCUGUUUAUCUCACAGUCACUGCAGUAGCGUCUGUCACCAUACACAGCAACACUGAGACCACCAAUGAUGAAAAGAUGUCGCUGUGGCUUCCAGUUUCUGCUGGGCUGCUGAUGGUAAUAAUUCUGGUUGGUGUUUGCACCUGGAAAUGGAGAAAGAGAUCCGCGGAAGAUAAGAAACAGAUCAAGUAUAAUGCGCCGGACACUGCCACAGUUCCCCCUGAAGAGCCAGUGAUAUACAGCGCUAUAAACGAUGAAAAUCCAAAUGACAUUUCUCUGCUGGAAUCCAAAGCAAAUACAAUUUACAGUACUAUUGAAGACCUACCUGGGUGUGAAGCACAGUCUCCAGCAGGUGGCACUGUCUACAGCACUGUAGCACCACAUUGAUCAGCAGCACAGAUUCACACUACACGAACAAAACCUACUCUCCCAUAAACGUAAUGUUUUGACAAAAAAAUCAACAGUUUGUCAUCAUAACAUCUCUCGUUCUUGUUUCUGUAGCUUGUUCCUAUCAAACAGCUCAGCAGCUUUGUUUGAUCAGCGGCAUCUGUAGCCUAAUCUAUACUUGAAUAUAUUAAACGUUUUAUAUUAUUUAUACUUUAAUAUUUGAUGUACCUACUUUAAUACAUUACAUAGUUUAACAUAUUGUCAAUCACAAAUACAAGGACUGAAUGCAUUUAUGCAGUUCAUUUGUUUGCUUGAUUUUUACUUGCUAAUAGGUCAAAGUGCACUCUAAAAAUGCUGGGUUGUUUUAACCCAUUGUUGGGUCAAAAAAUCAUUUUCUUAAAUUAAUCCAGUGGUUUUGUUCUUGCCUGUCAAGCCCAACACUGUUAGAAAACCCAGUUUUUUAUAUUUAUAUUUAUAUGCCCAUAUUCUUCUGUUGUUAAUAAGUACUUUUAAUGUUUAAUUGCUUUAUGUUGAAGGUUUCCGGUUGUGUGUUUUGUUAUCAUCAGGUGGAUUUGACCCAAUUUAAAGUUUUCUUUCUUAUAUUUUUGCAGUCUGAAGAGCCUUUUUCCACAAGAACCUUUGGGGAACAGAAAAGUGUGUGAAAGGGUCUUGGAAUCAUAUAGCCUAAUAAUAGAACCUUUAGCAACAUUUAUUUUUAGUGUAAAACCUCAGUCUGUAUAUAUAAUAACAUUAUAUUAUGUUUGUUUAUUAUUAUUGUAUUCUUUUUGUUGUCUUUAUUUACUAGUUGAAUUCUUUUGGAUGUGUUUUUUAAACUGCCAUUUACAUUAUUUAAAUGUUUUAAACUCUAUUUCUCUCACUUCACACAUAUACUUAUAUGUAUACAAUAAAUAACGAUGAUUGUCAUUUUAAAACCGUUGAAAGACAGCCGUUUGCUUUAUAAUAAAUCCUUUUUGUGCUUUUAUCGCCCUCUAGUGAAGAAGUUAGGCUUUGCAAAGUUCUUUUACAGAAGGUCAAAAAUUGACAGAUGCUUUUAAUUUUAGCUGGAAAAUGACCUCACCACACUGUAAAAUAGCGGUACCUGCAAGUAUUACCUUUACCUGACCUACUCAUUUAGCUAUUGGUUGUAUUUAAUUGUUGCAUUUAGAUGAUAUUAUGGGAAA